GUGGACAAAUCAUAGUCGGUGAGUAGCAGAGGAUUUCUCGAAGCUCCGGAACCGAUCCUCUAGAAAUCCAAACCAAGCAGCGACUACAAGGAGAAAAUAGCGCAGAAAUGUUAAGAGCUGCAGCGAGGAGGCUCCUCUCUCCUUCUACUUCUUCUUCUCUCGCUUCACCGCCGCUGCCUUGGAGGCCCACCCAGGCUGCCUCCACCGUUGCUUCGCGGUGCCUGUUCAACGGCGUCGAUUCGUUCUCUAAUUCUGAUGAGUUCCAAUCAAGCACUGUUAUAGGCAGCUACUUUGUAUUUGGUCCACGCUUUCAUAUCCCACACAGAGGUUUUGUUUCUGAGUCACUUACACCCAGAAAUGAAAACAUCACCAUUCCAGAGAUUCCACCAACAGUUUCAGCUGUCAAAAACCCCACUCCAAAGAUCGAGUAUGAUGAGUUUGUCCACGAGCGCUUCCCCCCUGGUGACCCAAGCAAGAGGGCAUUUGCCUAUUUUGUGCUGACAGGCGGUAGGUUUGUGUAUGCCUCACUGAUUCGUCUUCUUAUCCUGAAAUUUGUGUUGAGCAUGUCGGCCAGUAAGGAUGUUCUUGCCAUGGCUUCUCUCGAGGUGGAUCUAUCUAGUAUUGAACCUGGUGCCACUGUUACUGUUAAGUGGCGUGGAAAGCCAGUUUUCAUUAGGCGCCGAACUGAGGAGGAUAUCAAGCUGGCAAAUAGUGUUGACCUGGCAGCUCUUCGCGAUCCGCAGCCGGAUGCAGAAAGGGUGAAAGACCCGGAAUGGCUCAUUGUUGUUGGGGUCUGCACACAUUUAGGUUGCAUCCCCUUGCCGAAUGCCGGGGACUUUGGCGGGUGGUUCUGCCCAUGCCAUGGUUCCCAUUAUGAUAUCUCUGGAAGGAUUCGUAAGGGUCCUGCACCCUAUAACUUGGAGGUGCCCACCUACACCUUCUUGGAAGAGAACAAGUUAAUGAUUGGCUGAGAGUCUGGAUUUUACUAUAGUCUCUUAAUUUAGUAGGAGAUAAUGCCGAAGAGCUGUUGUAAUGUGUAUGUAACUUGGAUUUGUAACUGUUACUAGUCGGAUUGAUUUGUGAAUAAGUUUCCUGGCGUUUGCUAGGGGGAGUGCUGUUGAUCCUUGAUGCUUCUGUGGUUGGUAUUAAGUUUUUUGCUGGUCA